AUGGCCCUGAGCAGCCUGCUCCCAAAAGUCUAUGCUCAGAAGAAAGUCGUCUUCGAGCACUGGAAGCUAAAUGCCCUCUACUACUUCCUUCACCUUCCCAUUCUUGGUUAUGCAAUAUUCAUUUUCGAGUAUCAAAAGCAGUACACGGAAGUCAUCGGAAAUGCACCCUUCUUGAUGCUCCACGUUAACGCCCUCGACGCGUCGCCAUAUGAUGGAGUGGAUCCGCGCCUCGAUCCCGAACCCUCAAUCGCGUUCUGGUGUCGGAACAUGACCGGUGGCCCGUACUGGUGCCACAACUCUUCCCUGUAUUAUCAGGGCCUCUGCUUGGAGCUGACGAAUGAGGACAUCAUGUCGCAGAUGCAAGUAGAAAUAAUGCUGGCUUGCAGCCGGCUUUGUGCGCUGGGCGCAGCUCUUGAUCCCAGCUGCUUCCUGCCACCGAGCGCCUUUCAGCAGUCAGGAAGUCGCACGCUCACCAUUACACCCUUCACUGCCACAGGGCGAGGCCUAAUCUCGGGCAGACCACAGCCGAUGUGGAUAUUGAUGCAUCCCCUCAUCAGAUAUGCAAAGGUGGAGUUCACCUACAUCUUUCAAAUGACGCAAGCGGCACCGUUCUUCUUUGGGCUCUAUGAGUCCGCUAACGGCCGCAAGGGCCACCAGGACGCCUACACAGCCAUGAUCAACGGAAAGGAGGAGGUGAAGCACUUCUUCCAUCCGCAGGAGAAGGUCUACCUCACUCCAGCUGAAAUUUUGGUGCUCGCUGGGCGCGAGUGGAAUGUCCAGACCAUCAUGCAGGGAGGAGAGUUCUAUGCGGAAGUCAACUGCUACAAUGAUGGUUAUGAUCUCUCCUCCACGCUCAACUGGGAGAAUUUCACCUAUGUCGCCCCGACCCCCGACACUCCCCUAUGCAUCAUGACGAUUGAAGAGCUGCAGCCCUUCGCAGCUGGCCAAGAUAUGGAUGGCAUCAACGACGUUGUCCUUUCCAGGUCGAGAUUUCGCAUCGACACCGGCAGAGGAAGCAGUCACCACAGGAUGCCAUCUUUGUCUGCCAUCUUGUUGAACCUCGUUUCUCUGUUUGUGUUGCUGAAGGUGCCGCAGGCGGUGACGAUGAUGUUUGCCAACAUGUGCCUGGGAAACCUCUCCAAGGUUUACAAGCGAGCGACCGAGGAGACCUUCAAGCUCCCGACGCGGGUCGCGCAGCUCGGCCUACGGCUGGUGUCGGACUCCCUGGCCCUGGCGGCACUUCGGAGCCCGGAAAGCUCAGGCAUCGAGGAGGAAAGGCUAAAAGAAGAGCUGCGCAAGAUCGUUGCUUGCACAACUCAUGAGAAAAGUGCUUCCCUGGACAGAAUCAGCGACAGCUUCGGAGACCACGUGUACGAGAUGCUCAGGGAGAUGGCUGACGAAGGCCACUUUCACUGCGAGCGCGAUGCGGAUCAGAAACCGAAACCCGGGAUCCACUGCAGUCAUUUUGCAAAUUUGAUGGCCAUUGGCCAGACGGUGCACGUGAAGGACCUCCUGGCAUUCUUCGACGUCAAACGACGUCGAUCCUGGCUGGAGUGGUACUUCUUGCCGAAGGCACAAAAGCUAAAAUUCCGCAAGAUGAAGACGAAGAUAGACGAAGCCGAGGCAUCCGAGGCUUUGGGCCAAAGUGCCCCUCCGGAAGACGUGCGGCUGCCCGCGGACUCAAACGUCCACGGAGAGGAAGGCGACAAGGACAAGAGAGCAGUGGUGGCUUCCGGAGAUGCAGCCCUCCUGCUACGGCUCACCGCACGGGUUGAGGCAUUGGAGGCAGAAAGAGAAUCCUCUAGCAAGAUGGCGGAGGAAAUGAACAGACUUUCCGCAAAUCUGGAGAGCCUGAGCCUCCGCGUGGAUGGCUUGGAAGUAGCAGAAGCGCCACCACGAGAAAAGCCACCGGCCAUACCUCCAGCUACCCCCAAAACGCCUUUAAUGGCUCCGACAGCCUCUGGGCAGCUCGAAGCCGCGGAGCAGCGCAUCAAGGCGAUGACCGCCAAAGCAGAAAAUCUGGAGCAGCGUCUUGCAAAGCUCGAGAGCUCCCAGUCCAAGGUUGUAAGUGAAAUCGGCGCCGUGCGCGCGAGCGCCGACAAGCGCCAUGAGGCUGUCCUCCAGGAGCUGCGUGCGACGACCCAGCAGCUAAAGCGGCAUCCUGCAGACACCGACAACUCUCAGCCACCAGAGCAGUCUGCAAAGGAUGGCCCAGGAGAUCCAUCGCUGGCUCCUAUGGCCACAACGAUGCUUGGCCGCGGCUUCCAGUUUCCGAAGGUGAAGUUCCUGUUGAACUACGACAUGCCCACGUCAGCUUUCGAGUACCUGCAGAGACUUCGCCUGGCGGCCCGAUCCACCGGUCCUGGCUCAGCGCUGAGCUUCCUCUGCCAGGAGGAUCUGCUGCAGGCACAGGAGCUCUGCACCCUCCUCAAGCUUUUGGGCCAGGAUGUGCCAGAGAUCUUGGACAAAGCUGCUGCGAAUCGCCGUGCUCUGCUGCAGAGAGCGGAUCCCGAAGAGGCAGUCAAGGAGGAGAGGAGGAACCGACACACGGGCUUCUUUGUCCGACGAGGUGGAAUGCGACGUGGAGCCUCCACGGCCAGCCCGGGCAAGAUGGGGAGCCCCUCCAUCAACCUCGACGGCACCUGGAAGGACUACCGUCCUCUUACAGUCGAGGCGGCUCCCGACAUCGACGUGCAAAGCAGGCAGGCGGCUCCUAGUCCCUUGGCCGCUGGGGAGGAUCUGAUUUGCCUCGACUAG